AUGACAAGAAUCCUGCCGAACUUUGCAGAACAAGGUGCGGAUGUUGGACCUCAUCCAGGAGUCAAAGGAGCUGUUGGAGGUUGUGUUACGGGAGGAGCGCCAGCCCGGAUCCCGGCUGGGACAGCUCCUGCAGGCGGUCCCGCGCCGAGCCCGCGGCCGGCCGGGUGGGUUUCCUCGGGCCCCUCCCCUAGGCCGCCUUUCUCCACCCCAGAGACCGCCCCCCGCUCCCCCGCGUCGCUGUCCGAGGGGGCGGGAAGUGUGCGAGCUCGGCGGGGGCGAGACAAACACGCUCCCGAAAUCUUAGAAAGAAAACAUCCCCCUUGGCAGCGAGAGCGCGGGAAGUGGAGCGCGCGAGUUCCGGGUUUCCCGCCCGCCCCGCCGGCCGCAGCCCGGGUGAGCCCCCCACCCCUGCUCGGCAGCUGCCUGCCGGGCCACGGCGUCUGUCCGUCGGUCUGUCCGCCUCGCCCCACCACCCCAUCCCCGUCCCGGUCCUUCGCGGGGCGCCGCGCGGGCUCUGCGGCAAGAGAGGGGCCGGGCCCGCCUGCCGCCGCGCUCCGCGUCCCGGCCGCCGCCACUUGUGGAGCUCGUCCCCCGGCUCUGUAA